AAGGUAACGGCAGGCUACUAUCAAUGAUUAUCUUGGCUUCGAGCCAAAUUUCCCACAAUUCAGCACUAAGUUUAAAAGAAGUUCAGUCUAUCUGUACCCGAACAGAGGACUGUGCAGUUUGCGUUUUCUGUUCUACGAGAGCUGUCUUCAGGUAGGAGAUGGCAGAGGUGGUAAACAUGAUUGACAGCGAGGUCUUCCUGGCCUUCUCCACGUACGCCACCAUCGUCAUCCUCAAGAUGAUGCUCAUGUCCCCGAUAACGGCCUACUUCCGUUUUACAAGAAAGGCCUUCGCGAACCCGGAGGACACUGGCCUGGGGAAGUCUGCAGAGGAGAAGAAGAAGAUGCUGCGCACCGACCCCGAUGUGGAGAGAGCCAGAAGGUGCCAUCAGAACGACCUGGAGAACAUCCUGCCCUUCGUCCUGAUUGGCCUGCUGUACUCGCUGACCGGGCCGGACCUGCACUCUGCCCUGCUGUACUUCCGGGUGUUUGUGGGGUCACGGUUUCUCCACACGGUGGCCUACCUGGCCCCUCUCCCACAGCCCAGCAGAGCCCUGUCCUGGAUGGUGGGCAUGGGUGUGACCUUUGCAAUGGCCUACAGGGUCCUCACUACUGCACUGCACCUCUAGGGGGCGCCUCUGAGUGCACAGAACCUUCUUCUAAUCCUCUUGCCAAAUAGAAGGUUUCCAUUUGAAUCUAACUCACAGAUUUUACAAAAAAUGUUUAAGUUCACUGGAUACACUUUACAACACUAGGGCCUUUUCUCAUUCCCUGUUUAGAAUACCAUGUAUUUUCCAGUUUUUAUUCAUUUAAGCCACUUAUAUUUUCAGGAGAAAAUCUGUUUUUUAUUAGAUUUUUUUGGUCAGGUACUGGAAUUGAAUAUAAGAAAUAUAGGGAAUUUAAAUAGUCUUGGCAGAUUUUGUAUUUAAUAUCUGUGUAAAAAAUAUGGAAGCUAAUGCACAUCUGUGUGUAUGUUUACUUGUGUAUCACUAUUCAGU